GGUAAAACCACCAUCCUGUACAAACUGAAGCUGGGCCAGUCCGUCACCACCAUCCCCACUGUGGGCUUCAACGUGGAGACGGUUACUUACAAAAACGUCAAGUUCAACGUGUGGGAUGUCGGGGGCCAGGACAAGAUCCGUCCCCUCUGGAGGCACUACUACACGGGCACGCAAGGGUUGAUCUUUGUGGUGGACUGCGCCGAUCGCGACCGCAUCGACGAGGCCCGCCAGGAGCUCCACCGCAUUAUCAACGACAGGGAGAUGCGGGACGCCAUCAUCCUCAUCUUCGCCAACAAGCAGGACCUGCCCGAUGCCAUGAAACCCCAUGAAAUCCAGGAGAAACUGGGCCUGACCCGAAUCAGGGAUAGGAAUUGGUACGUGCAGCCCUCCUGUGCUACUACAGGGGAUGGACUCUAUGAAGGGCUGACAUGGUUAACAUCCAAUUAUAAAUCCUAAUGAGAGAAUAACUAUUUAGUCUACAAAGAAUUAAAGAAAAAAAAAAAUAACCCACAUGGCUUUCCGGAAGAAUGAUUCUCUACUGAAAAGUAAAACAAAAGCAUCCAUAGGAUUAUGAUCACCUUUCUCCAGUUACCACCCUUUCCUUCUGCACACUUGACUGGAUUCCUGUUUUAACUCUUCUUGCUUGGCGUUAGGAUGCUCUAAUCUCCGAAUGUGACACGAACACAAGCACUAGAUGCUAUGGCAGACUUCCAGCAAACAGGGGAAAGACACAUUGUAGACUUGCUAAGUAACUUCUUUUUUUUUUUUUUUUUUUUUCCUUCUCCCUCUUGAUAGCCCUUAAGAUGGUUUGAUUGUUUUGGGGGAUGGUUAGGGGAGGGGUACUAUUUUCAGUGUAUGCUUUUUUUUUUUUGAUUAUAUAUUUUUUUUCUUCUAUCACUUGCUGUAGAUUGCUACUUUUUUGCAUUCAUGCAGAAUAUGUUGAUAGAUCUACUUACAUCUAGUAAACUGAAAAUUAUUGCUUAAAAUCAAA